AUGGAGAAUGACUCGACCUUCGUGGCGCCAGAAGGCGUAUACUCUGUGACCGAGGAGCACAAAAUAUCAAUCGUGCAUUCCAACUCAAAUCCCCCAUCAUAUCCGACGCGGUUAUCAACCAUUGUUGUACGCUUCCCCGCCGCGAAGCAGGGUGGAGGCCCCCCUGGAUUGGCGCAGCUGUUAGGAGGGAACCGGGAUGCGAAGAAGGAUAGCAAUAACCUCAAGGUUGUGAAGGAAAAGGACGAUGGCCUUAGCCUGUCCAGCAGCGAAACGCCUGAGGAUGACCUGCCGAACGGUUCGGCGCAGGAACAUAUCCCUGCAAGUCCCACUACGCCCGUUGAGCCACCUGCAGCAACCUUGUUCUCGCCUCAAGUUGCGGGUAGAAGAGGACGAAUUACAAGGCCGAAGCAUAACAUCAGAACAACGUCGUCAACCUUUAUUACAAGAAUUCAGAGUGUAGAGGGUUUAUCGCGGACUCUUCAAGCAAAGCAGGGGGAUUGCACCUUUAUUUUCUACAAUAUAGUGAAGGGGUUCGUCUGGAUAGAGGCUGGCUCAAAGGCCAAGGAUCCUUUGGCUCGAAUAACGUUUUCGGCUUACCCGACGUGCCACGACGUGAACAACUCAACCGCCUCGUCGGAGAGGUUGGAUGUGAUUAUUGGGUUUAACACAGGGGAUUUAGUCUGGUUUGACCCCAUAUCAUCACGCUAUUGUCGCUUAAACAAACAGGGCUGUAUCACAAGUUCGCCGUGCACAGCCGUGAGAUGGGUCCCUAACUCCCCUACUCUAUUCCUAGUUGCGCACGCAGAUGGAACAAUCAUUAUCUACGACAAGGAACGUGAUGACGGGUCUAUCACGCCCAGAAAUCACGUCCAUCCAUCCACCGACGGCGAUGCACCGAAGCCAUGGAAUCCUUUAAAUGAGAUAUUCGUCACGAUGCCCCCUUGGCAUCCCACGGCAGGAAUCGGCUCAGGCAAGAACGACAAAGAUAGGGCGGUGAAGAAUCCUGUAAGCCAUUGGCGCGUGUCCAACAAAAGUGUUGUCGACUUUGUCUUUGCUUCCGACAACAAGUAUGUGGCAGCCAUCUCUGAUGAUGGGUGCCUCCGAGUGAUAGAUGCUCUUGGCGAGCAGCUGCUAGAUUGUUACGCGUCUUACUUCGGCGCUCUGACAUGCGUGGCAUGGUCUCCUGAUAAUCGGUUUAUUCUGACAGGCGGUCAAGAUGACCUGAUCACCAUCUUCUCCCCUUGGGAACAGAGAGUUAUUGCUCGAUGCCAGGGCCAUUCAUCCUUCGUUUCAGCCGUGGCAUUCGACGACCUGAGAUGCGAUGGACGCACAUAUCGAUUCGGAAGCUGGGACUUUUCUAGUGGUGCUUUGCAUCGACCAAAGUUUCAGGCGCAUCACCAGCGCGUCUCAAUGUCUUCCACAAUAUCCUUGGCCUUCCGACGCGACCGCUCGGCACUACAUUUGCCUUCACUCGGCUCUCCUGCUGAUGAGAACUCCCCUCAAAGAUACCACAUGGCACCAUCACGAAAUGAAAUUGCUGUUGUACAACCCGUCCUCGUCAAACAUCUGGAGGGUGAUUUACUUGCAGCCAUCACAUUUGUCCCACAGGCACUUCUCACAUCCACUAAAAACGGUCACAUAAAGCUAUGGGUUAGACCCCUGGCCUCUAAGUCGCGAAACACUCGAACACAUAAUAGAGGACAAUCCCAGGCGGAUGUUCACGGGAUACUCAACUAA